AUGUGUUACAGAUACAAGGACUUGGAGGCUGCUCAAGCAGAAGGCAAGAGUCUCAGUUUUCUCCCACCGCCUGUUGCAGUCCCCAAUGCUCCCCUCUUGCACAAUGGCAAAUCCACCAGGGAUAGAAAUUGCAUAGUGGUGCCUUUAAUCAUUAGUGAAGCAUUUGCUGAUGCUGGUCAUCCCUCUAAAACGUCGAACAGCAGGUGGAUGAGGAUGCUUGACACCCUUUGCUCUAUGCAACUUUGCAUUCAUGACUGGCCAGCAGGAGUUCCACCCCCUGGCCCUGAUUUUGAUCUCAAAUUGCUGUCUGGGUGGACUCCUUGUCAGCUAUCAGACUUCACUGGAUACUCUCACAAGGUGUACUCAAUCCCUCUUGUUAUCAACACAGAUGGCAUCAUUUUAUGUCAUCUGGAAGAGUCGGAGAAAUUUAUCAAGGACCUCCCUCCCCAUGUUACUGAGUGUUUAAACACAGGGACUUCACACUCUAUUGGAGCUUUGCGCUCUCACCAGGAAGCUUUGUGCUUGUACCCCACAGCUCCGCACUCCAACUAUCAGGCUCCACACUCCAACUCUGGAGCUUCGCACUCACAACAUGAGGCUUUGUGCUCACAACAUGGGGCUUCACACUCACAACAUAGGGCUUUGCACUCAAUUCCACCUGUCCCUAUUCACACUGACCAUGAUGAACUCCUGGAUCACAGCAUUCACUCAGAUGAGUCUGAUGACGAUCUCCCACCAUCAUCUCCACCACUGUCAUCUCCUCAUGCGACCCCUCAAGGUUCGAAUGUAGCAGCAGGACAAUACCAGUACAACUGCAUAUGUGAAGAUAUCUGCCGCUCAAUGGCCUCUGAGACUAGGAAAUGGACUCGUGAUGAUUAUGAAAGUGCAAGGGAGGCCGACGACAUUGAAAUGGGAAUGGUGGUUGCAAGAUAUCGGAGCAGGACCCAUGGCAAGCAUGGGUAUGAGGCCACCAAGGGUCACAAUCAUCCUAAGCCAUACGUUUGUGCCUCAUCAAAGGCACACAUGGGACCUGCCCCAAACCAAAACACUAUGCACUUGCCAUCUCAUUCGGCAGUCAUGCCAUACUCUGAGGGCUCUCCAUCUUUGCACCAAUAUGCUUCACAUCUUCAGCCUGCUCAUGUCCUGGAUUGCUGUUUACUUCCUCUUGUAGAUGAGGAUGAAUUUGAGUAUAACUGA